AUGGACGACGAGGACGCUCCCCCCCAGCUGGUCGAUGUGUCGCAGCUGCCAGAUCCUGCGCCAUCGACGUCAGAGGAUGACACGCCGGCUCAAGCCCGCGUGCCCAUCACCCUUGUGACUGGCUAUCUCGGAGCCGGCAAGACCACCCUGCUGAACUACAUCCUCACCGAGAAGCAUGGCAAGAAGAUUGCCGUGAUCAUGAAUGCCACGGACAUCGAAAAGCCGCUGACGGUCAACCAAGACGGCCAAGAAGUGACAGAAUGGAUGGAAGUCGGCAACGGCUGCAUCUGCUGCUCCGUAAAAGACUCGGGCGUAAUGGCCAUCGAAUCCCUAAUGGCGCGACGCGGCACAUUCGACUACAUCCUCCUGGAGACGACCGGCCUCGCGGACCCAGGUAACAUCGCGCCGAUCUUCUGGGUGGACGACAACCUCGGCAGCAGCAUCUACCUAGACGGGAUCGUGACGUUGGUGGACGCAAAGAACAUCCUGCACCUGCUGGACGCGCCGACGGCGGAGGAGACGGUGUCAAACCAUAGCAACAACGACAGCGGGCACGAGCACAAGCACGAGCACAAGGGCCCCGUCCUCUCGAUGGCGCACAUGCAGAUCUCCCACGCGGAUGUCAUCAUCCUCAACAAAGCGGAUCUGGUCUCGCCCGCCGAGCUGCAGCACGUCCGGGACCGCAUCGUCGCCAUCAACAGCGCCGCCCGGAUCCACGUCACGGACCACAGCAAGACGCCGCAGAUCGAGGGCGUGGUGCUGGACCUGCACGCCUACGACCACCUCGAUGCCGAGACGGUGGAUCUCUUCGCCCAGAGGGGCCACAGUCAUCUUGAUCCGGCUAUCUCCACUAUCGCGCUCACCGUCCCGCAAAUCUCCCCGGCGCAGGUGUCCCUCGUGGACGAGUGGCUUCGCUCAGUGCUGUGGGACUCGAAGCUCCCGGCUAUCGUCCCUGGGGGGGCGCCAAGUCCGAAGGAUUUUGAGAUCCAUCGGCUGAAGGGAAUUCUCGCCAUCGAGGACGGGACGACGCGGAUCAUCCAGGCGGUGCGGGACGUGUUCGAGAUCCGGGACGCCGAGCCCGCCGAGGAUUCGAACACGCAGUGUAAGAUCGUGUUGAUCGGGCGGGGACUGGGCGCCGACGCGCUUCCAUGGCAGCGGAACUUUGAGGACUGCCUCAAGCGAGUCCAGAAAUGA